AUGAGGGUGUGGUUGAAGAUGCGUGUUCCGCUACUACUCCGGGCGACCAUUCUCACAUCCAUUCUCAAAGUGCGGGCACAAAACAUUACAACCCCUGACCCUCGAGAUUGUGUUGACUUGGCUGAAUUUACAUCAUGUCUCAAAAGUGCCAAUACUGCUGUAGUUCAGUGUACUAGCCGACCCAACUCGAGUGUAGAUGCUUGCGAAGUGCAGGAGCUUGUUGUAGUUGCUGGAACAAGGUGUAUACCUACGCGUACCAAUAUAUCGCGUCUGAAUAUCUUCUCGCAAUUGAUCAAGAUCACAUUCAAAGUGCACCAUUCUAUGCUGCACCUGCCAACGCACCUGAUAGCUGCUCUUGCAACCUAG